UACCGCGGUCUUUUAUCCCAUUUUUGGCAUAGCGUUUUUUAAGGUCUUUUGUCCGACACGUUUAAUUCUAUUAAUUUUGUUUCAGCAUUGUACGUGUUUAGUUCUAUAUUGACUUUUUUAAAUUUUCAGCCGUUUAAUUUUUAGAGAUUUUAAGUUCCAACUAUAUUCGUAAGAAUGGGAAGCUUUGAUAAGGAAACUAUCGACUCCAUUUCAACCGACACAGCCUCAAAAGCUGAUCAAGCAUAUAUAAAUUCAACUGUGGGAUUGGUUAUUUUGGGAAUUGCGCUUUUAACAUUUCUUCUCUAUUUUUUGAACGAAAAAUUUGAAGUCUUCAACGCUUUGGUCAAAGAGAUGAAACAGGUCAAGCCUGAUGUUAAGUCUUUGAAUAGAAAGGAGGAUGAGAAUAACAGGAACAAUGCAAUUAAAAUGGAUAGAAUUGUAUGUUUUAUAAAUUUUUGGGGAACGCUGAAAUGCCUAACUAUUUAAAAUUAUCAAGAAAAUAAAAAAAAUUUUUUGUAAUUUUUGUUUCUGGAGCCUAAAAAGCAGAAAAUGCAAUUAGUGUGAAAAACCUUUUUUGCUGUGGAGGGUGGGUAUUUGUGUAUUAGGUAGUUUCAACGUUUAUUGUGGGAGAUAUCUCAUCCAUAGCGAUUUUUGUAGAAGUUUGGUAUUUUGGCGUGUUAGGGAUUUUUUGAUAACUUUAAACUCAUCUCUUUUAGAUUGCCCAUUUUCAAAUUCCUCCUUUGCCUGCGACCGUCUCUACUCCACACAGU